AUGUUCGCAUCAAUUGAGUCAACACAGGAAAGACCUCCCGUAACACCAUCUCCAUCCUCUCUACCCUCAUCGAAAUCAACUGAAUUUCGUCGAUUCCUGAUACGCCAAUGCACAAGACUCGUCGAUGCGUGGUACUCCAUCCAACUUGUUCAUUACGGUGGCAAAUACUCGAUCGAGCGAAUGCUGGCGCUCAAAGAAUACACUCGAAAUACAUCGAUAGUCCGUGUAUUACUGGUGACUCUCGGCGCUCCGGUUCUUGUUACCUUUCUACUGUUAUCUCAAGAAAUGGUCCCUCUACAAGACCCAGCGGACGGUUGGAAAGCGAAUUAUGGCUUCUGGAUUCGCGUGGGGCUACUUGGCGUUGGAGUGGGGAAUGCGGCCGCAAUUCAAGUCGGGUUUUGGCUUAAUGUCCCUGCAUUCACAUUGAAGCAAGUGGUGGCCUACUGUGCAUUCAUGGGGGUCGGCUACGUUGCUGUUGGAAUUGUGACUUCAAUCUUGUGGAUAUUUCCCAUCCCGUUUUUCAUGUUCACGCUCUGUCUUCUGGUGACAUUGCUGGUUGCAGUGGCCGCACGCAUUGUGAUGGGAGCUGAGGCUUUUCAACAGAUUGCGUCUCGCCGCGAGCAACUUCGGCGGCUGAACAAGGUCGGAUCAGUGCAAGCGAUCAUGUACAUCGCGUACCCUGCGUACGAGCUGCUGUAUAAUCAGGCAAAUCAGACUAAUUAUGAGUUGCCCGUACUGCUCGUGCUUCCUGUCAUCAGACUCGUACUGAAGGUGGUA